AUGCCUGCCCCCCCAGAAUUCAUCAAGUUCAUUGACGACAAUGCCGAAAACUUUAUCAAUCGUUUGGCUGAGGCAGUCGCUAUUCCAAGCGUGAGCGGCGAUGCCAAGUAUAGGCAGGAUGUCUUCAAGAUGGCCCACUGGCUUAACGCUCAGCUUAACUCUUACGGCGUCGAAACUCAGCUCACCGAUCUUGGAAAGCACGUUAUGGAUGGUCAGGAGCUUCAACUUCCGCCCGCGAUUCUGGGAAAGAUUGGAAACAAUCCGAAUAAGAAGACUGUGCUUAUCUACGGUCAUUUUGACGUUCAACCCGCUAACCUUUCUGAUGGAUGGUCCUCUGAACCAUUCGUACUUACUAUUAAUCGCGAGAAUGGUCAGCUAGUAGGCCGUGGAUCCACAGACGACAAGGGUCCUAUUCUUGGUUGGCUCAAUGUUCUUCAGUACCACGCUGAGAACCAGAAGGAUCUGCCAGUUAAUAUAAAGUUCUGCUUCGAAGGGAUGGAAGAGACCGGAAGUGAGGGUCUUGACGACCUCGUCAAGAAGGAGGCCCAAUCUGGAGGUUGGUUUGACGGCGUAGACUGUGUUUGCAUCUCUGAUAACUAUUGGCUCAACACCCGAACGCCCGUUUUGACUUAUGGCUUGCGUGGAAUUUCUUAUUACAAGAUAAUCGUCUCUGGUCCCAGUUGGGACCUCCACUCUGGUUCCUUUGGACGCACGAUACAUGAACCUAUGACGGACCUCGUGAUACUCAUGUCCAAGCUUGUGGAUACCAAAGGUCAUAUCCUUAUUCCUGGCGUCGACGAGAUGGUCCCGUCAGCAUUUGCGGAUGAGCGCUCUCUGUACGAGAAGCUCGACUAUUCCAUCGAGGACAUAGAAGCAGCUGCCGGCGCUAGCAUUGCGUUGUCUUCUGACAAGGUUGAAGUACUGAUGGGUCGGAUGCGAUCUCCCAGUCUAUCGCUUCACGGAAUUGAAGGUGCGUUUUAUGGUGCCGGCGGUAAAACUGUUAUUCCAGCCAAGGUGGCUGGGAAGUUCAGUAUCAGGCUGGUGCCCCCACAAACGCCGGAGAACAUUGCGCCUCUUGUAAACAAGUAUCUGGAAGCUGAAUUUGCGAAACUGGGUAGCAAGAACAAAUUGGUAGUGGAGGAAGUCCAUGGUGGCAAGCCGUGGCUAGCUGACCUGAACCAUUGGAACUUUGAGGCUGCCAAGGCUGCUACCAGGGCGGUGUACAAGCAGGAGCCUGACAUGACAAGGGAGGGUGGAUCCAUACCCGUCACAUUAACGUUUGCAGAAGCACUUGGUGCAAACGUCGUCCUUCUGCCAAUGGGGAGAGGGGAUGAUGGUGCACAUUCCACGAAUGAGAAGUUAGAUCGUUCCAAUUUCAUCGAAGGGUCUAAGCUUCUGGGCACUUAUCUCUAUGAACUUGCAGCCGUCCAGGGGAAGAAGUAA